AUGCCACAACCGCCACUCUCUUCAGCCGAGCCCACAAUGCCGCCCCGCCCCCUCCUCCAAACAAUCUUCUCCUCGCUAACCCGCGCCCCUUCACCCUCCACAACACCCUCAACCUCAACCUCAACCCCACCAAGCUGGACGCUCCUCCGCACCCUCAAAAGCGAAAACCCAAACGAUAUCCAAGGCGAUCUACACGGAACCGCAACAUUCACACCGCUACCGCCCCACAGACCCCAAGCCCCAAAGGCCGAAAAUGAAGAAGAGGGCGGGGCAGAAGAACACACAGACCUGCUGUACAGCGAAUCCGGCUCGCUGCCGACCUCCUUCGGACCAGGUCUGCGCUGGACAAAGAAAUAUAUAUGGAGGCUUAGCGCGAACGGCCGGAUAAGCGUUUGGUUCGUGAAGAUGGAUAAGAAACCCUCUGGGCAAAGCAGCGACGCCGAAGAAGCGGAUUAUCUGUUCCACGAAUUUGAUUUCGCGGCUACGGCUUCUUCGGAAAUGAAUUCGGCGGAGUUUGUUGCGCCGCCGAUGCCGCCGGAAGUACCGGGUCUACCCAGGGGGGCGACGACGAAGGUUAUAGCCGCGCGGGGGAAUCAUCUUUGCAUUGAUGAUAUGUAUCGCACGGCGUAUGCGUUCAGGGUGGAUGAGGGGAGCGGCGAGGUGCUUAGUUGGGCGAGUCGGCAUGUUGUGAGGGGGCCGAAGAAGGGGCAGGAUAUUGUUAAUUUGUACUCAAGGGCGGCAUAG